CAAGUCGAAUUUCCCCCCUUCAAGAGAAGAUGGGUGCUUGCUUCCCCCAACAUUUCUCUAGAAGAACUUUUUUGGAGUCCCGAUUCUCGGACUGACUAGCGAGACGACACCUACAUCUUUUUCUGCUCUUGGUUCCGGCCCUUAGAUCUGCGUCGGCAUCUCUUCCAUUACUACUUCUGCCCGUCAUUGGUGUUUGUAAAACGUGCUAUUCCUGGUCCCUCUGAUUUGAAAUACCUUGGAUUCGACUAGACCAGCAAGCAAGCCACCCAUAAAUCAGACGCUACCCCGUGGAGAAAGAUCUACCUAUUUGUUGGCCUUUACCCCGGAUUUUCCAACCUGUCGAUAAACUUCCAAGAUACUUUUCUUCCUUUCGUCCGGAACAACGACAUCAAUUGCACCGAACAGCAGGCACAAUGGGUUUGAAGGGUGACGAUAUCGCGAAGCACAACAGUGCCGACUCUUGCUGGGUCAUUGUUCACGGCAAAGCCUACGAUGUGACGGACUUUUUGCCCGAGCACCCCGGUGGCUCAAAAAUCAUUCUCAAGUACGCCGGCAAAGAUGCGACGGAAGAGUUCGACCCUAUCCACCCGCCCGACACCCUCGACAAGUACCUCGAGCAGUCCAAGCACCUUGGCCCCGUCGACAUGACCUCUGUAGUGGCUGAGGAGAAGGAGGAGGACCCCGAAGAGGUUGAGCGCUUGGAGAGGGUUGAGCAAAAGCCACUGUUGUCCCAAUGUUACAACCUGAUGGAUUUCGAGGCCGUAGCGCGCAGAGUCAUGAAGAAGACGGCUUGGGGAUACUACUCGAGUGCAGCCGACGACGAAAUCACAUUGCGCGAAAACCACGGUGCCUUCCACAGAAUCUGGUUCCGGCCGCAGAUCCUCGUCGACGUCGAAAAGGUAGACUUCACCACCACCAUGCUCGGCGCAAAGGUCGACAUGCCCUUCUACGUCACCGCCACCGCCCUCGGCAAGCUGGGCCACCCCGAGGGCGAGGUCCUCCUCACCCGCGCCUCCCGCAAGCACAACGUCAUCCAGAUGAUCCCGACGCUGGCCUCGUGCUCCUUUGACGAGCUCAUGGACGCCGCCGAGGGCGACCAGGUGCAGUGGAUGCAGCUCUACGUCAACAAGGACCGAGAGAUCACAAAGAAGAUUGUGCAGCACGCCGAGGCCCGCGGCUGCAAGGGCCUCUUCAUCACCGUCGACGCGCCGCAGCUGGGUCGUCGCGAGAAGGAUAUGCGGUCCAAGUUCACCGAUCCGGGUGCCAAUGUGCAGUCGGGCCAGGCAACGGAUCAGAGCCAGGGUGCCGCCCGCGCUAUUUCGUCCUUUAUCGACCCCGCCUUGUCGUGGAAGGAUAUCCCCUGGUUCAAGUCCAUCACCAACAUGCCCAUCAUCCUGAAGGGUGUGCAGCGCGUAGAGGACGUCAUCAAGGCUAUCGAGGCCGGCGUCCAGGGUGUAGUGCUCUCCAACCACGGUGGUCGCCAGCUCGACUUUGCCCGGUCCGGAAUUGAGGUUCUCGCCGAGACGAUGCCGGUGCUGCGUCGCAUGGGCUUGGAGAACGCGAUCGAGAUCUACAUUGACGGCGGUGUCCGUCGCGCUACCGACAUCAUCAAGGCGCUGUGCCUCGGUGCCAAGGGUGUCGGUAUCGGCAGACCUUUCUUGUACGCCAUGGCCGGCUACGGCUUCGACGGUGUCGACCGCGCCAUGCAGCUGCUCCGCGACGAGAUGGAGAUGAACAUGCGUCUUAUUGGUUGCACGAGCAUCGACCAGCUUAACCCGUCGCUUAUCGAUACCCGGAGUCUGUUCAAUCACGGCUCUACGCCGUCUGAUAACCUUAUGGGUGCCGUGUACGACCCGUUGGCGACGCCGGUUCAGAGACCUAAGGUGCCUAAGUCGUCAAAGUUGUAA